AAAAAAUAACCUUCCCCGAUUACCCAGGUUUGAUUGGGAUAGUUACGAUCAGUGAGUUAAUACCGGACCAAUCGAGAAUAUCGAUUCACCGUCUCCUUCUUCCAACGCGUUCUCUCUGCUUACCUAAGUUCACUUUUGCAGCACCCCCACUUGUCUCAUUUGUACAGGAAAUUACAGUGCUGAAACCGCCAUGGCUGCUGCGUUGCCUCAGAAGGAGGAGGGACACCCCGCUCUUCGCCACGACAACACCAUCGACUCAAUGGCAUCUGAAGAAGCGAUUCCUGUUGAGAAAGGGGACGUGGCGGGAUUGUUAGUCGAGCGGUUGAGAGCUUGGAAGCAUGCGGUCGGAUACAUCGAGGCUUAUGUUUCCCAUACGGAAGCUGCGCAUAAGGCGAUGGCCAAGGAGUAUGAGAAGGUUUUGAAGGUGUGUAUCGCCCACCGCUUGAAGUUUGUGCUUGCGCUGAAUCAAUUGUGUGAAAUCGUAGAGUGUAUCCGAACCGUUGAGGGAGGGACAUCAUUUUGGUGAGCCUACUUCCCUUUCGAUCUAGACGGGGCGCGGGGCUGAUGAUGAGUAGCCCAAGACGUCGGCGGUGUUGCCUCGUUCUUCGAAAACGUCCGCACAAACACUCAGGGCAUCACGCAAUCCCACCAUGAAACCGAGCGGGCAUUGAAGACCCACGUCCUCCCCAUCCUGCAACGCCUUCACACGGAGGUUAAAGAUCGCGCGAAGCACAUCCACAGCGCCUCGGAAAAGAGCUCCAAGAGCGUCGGGAAGGCCCGCAACCAGACGCAGAAUCACAUUGAGUUGCUAGGCCAGCAUGCCUCGGGCUUCGAUUCCAUGGGGUCCGGGCAGAGCACGGCGCCGGGCGGACUCGCGCACAUAAGCAUCCCCGGAACGCACUCCCAUGGGAAUGGGGGCAAGUUGAAGCCAGACGUUGACCCGUACAUCUUGCAGAGGGGUGUUCUGCACAGAUUGCAUAAGCAGGUUAUUGAAGAGAACAAUCACCGGCAGGAUCUGCUGGGUGUGCAGAAUCAGAUGCAGCAGUUUGAGGCGCAUAUUGUUCAGACGAUACAGCAGGCGCUUGGGUGUUUCUAUGAGCAUGUCGGGGCCCAGGCGGAUAGGCAGAAGGCGCUAUAUGGGGAUAUUAUUGGUAUGUGGGAAAAUGAGACUUUUGGGUGGGCUGUGUGUGGGUUGGGCUAAUUAGAGCGUUUUUUUUUUUGAAUAGCUGCCGGUCAAAAACUCCCUCCGGAUUUCGAAUGGAAAGGGUUCGCGACUAGAUACGCCAAUCUACUCAUCGACCCAUCCGCGCCCGCGCGAUCCAUUGAGUCAAUUCAGUUCCCUAAUCAGGGUCACCAGAGCACAAAGGCUUUGAUCGAGGGCACCCUGAGUAGGAAAGGGACAGUCAUGAGGAGUUAUAGCGCGGCUUACUAUGUCGUCACUCCAUGCAAGUAUCUACAUGAAUUUAAGGACAACGAUGCUCGUCCCCUUCUCCAUCACCUCCGCAAUGCUCCGACAGUGUCAUUAACGAGUAAUAGAACUACUCCAAAGACCCCAGCCCAGAAAUGAGUCUCUACCUCCCGGACUGCACCGUCGGCGCGCUAUCCAAACCUCCAAACGCGAAAUUCAUCGUUUCCGGAAAAGACGCGGGGAGCACCAUGAAGGCUCUGUCGUCCAAGCACGAUUAUGCCUUCAAGGCAUCUACUUACGAAGAUGUAUCCUCCACCACCGUAUCCCACGAUUGAACCAGAAACUAACAAAGAGAAAACCCCACAACAGGCGGCAAGAUGGCACCAGAUCAUCUCCACCUGCGCAGGCCUCACCACGAACGAGUCGCCGCUGCAGAGUCCCGUCUCACCGACCGGUUCUAGUGCAGCGCCCGGCGCUGCGACACCCCUGAGCUACUCGCGCACCGGCAUACAGGAAUUGGGCGUUACGAGUGUGGGGACUAAUGGUGCUCAGGCCGGGAAUGGAGUUUCUGGAGUGCCGAUUGUUGGGGCGGGGGAUGUCAAGAGGCCUUGAGUGGGUGGUUUUGCAGUUAUUAUCCUCUGCUCCUGUUUUUUCUGCUGGCUGGGCGAGUGAAUGGUUUUGAGUGAUCGGGUAUGAUUGGAUUGGAUUGGGGGCGGGGUGGUAAUAAUGGAUACUUCUCUUUUUUUUUUCUUUUUUUUCCUCUCUAUUCUUCCCAUUUCUUUUCACUUGAAGUCCCACAAUCGGAUCCGAAGAGGUUCGGCCUGGACUUGAAUUAAUGAGGGACAUGUACGGCCGGUAACUUGUGGCAAUACUCUUGCAAUUGAAAUUCGUUCGAUGGAUGGAUUGAUGGACGCAAGUGGUAUUAUAUGAAAGAUCAAUGCUAAUGAUGCCCUGUAUGGGAACUGGAGUCCUGUGCUCGUCCCAACUCGGCACUGCCUCGCAUAAUAUGUUCCACUCCUCCGCAGGAGACGGGUUUUGACGUCACCCAGGGGACUGGAAGACCCGCAGCGCGCGUAUAUUUGUAAGAUCGGAUGUAUAUCCAUGAGUAACUGUAUUGUGCGUUGUGAAACCAAAAGCACCCCAUCUAGUGCCUAAUAGACAUCAAACACACAAAAGGGAGGGGAAUAAGGAAAAAAGGGAAAAAAAGGCACCAGCAAAGGAUCGCGAGAAAAAGAAAGAAAGAAAGCGGAAAAGCCACAACCCAGCGGAAGAAGGGGGUGUGAUAUUAUAAAAAAAAUCAAAUUUCUAUCCAUCGAAACCCCCUACAAACCUUCCCUCCCCCGAUCGAACGCUUCAAGGUCAUAUUCAUCCGGGUACUCAUCAAUAAUCCUCCUGAGCUCCGCCAUCUGCUCCUCCAGAUCACGGCUUGGGACCUUGUAGACGUCCAAGAAGAGGUUCUCGAGCGCUGGCUUCUUCUCCUUUUCAGCGCGGGCGAAGGCCUUUAGGAUGUCCUUGCGGACUUGAAUGCGGAGUUCUUGGUCUUGCUCGCCCGACCACCAGGAUUUGGAUUCUAGCCAUUUGCGCAUUCUGUGGAGACGCUGUUAUCCUGGAUACAGGGACAGGGAGUGGGGAAGAGUGGCGGAAUACCUAGUGAUGGGGUUGUCACGGCGUUUCCAGUCUGUCGGCAUUAGGUCAGUGAGAUUCGGAGAGUGAGCGGGGGGGGGGUCGAGGAGGGAGUGCCUUCAACUUCAACUUUAGCUCUAUAGGCGAAUGAAUCGUCGCUAGUGGAAUGGUGUGAGACGCGGUAAGACAUGGCCUCAAUAAGCACAGGCUUUUGUUCCUUGAGGGCUAUGUCCCUGGCUCUCAUUGUGACUUCUCGGACUGCCAUAAUCUACCGCACCUUCUCGUCAAACACCUAUAUAGAGGAUGAAUCCGCUCUCCCCGAAGGUUACACCCACAUCGUUUCCGUCCACCCGGAUAGUGUCAAUCCCGUAUCCAACACCCCUACUACCGAUGCCGUCCCCCUUGUACUGUUCAAGAGUUGGGGUACUAAUUGCGAAUCCAUUAUUCCGGCAAAUAAAUAGUACCGGGCAGGAGCGUGUGGCAGCAAUGUUCAACGCUGCAUGGAAGUCACCCUCUGAGGCAGCACCCUCCCCGAAGAAGCAAACGGCGAUGCGGGAGGAUUGAUCGAGUUUUAGGGCGUAUGCUGCGCCUACAGAGUGGGGAAUCUGGGUAGCCAGAGGGGAGGAAAUUGGAUGCUGCAGCAGUAGUGUCAGUAGCCGGAGAAAUUCGGUGGUGCAGUGGGGUUAUACCAUAUGCAGUCUCUCACUCAUAUAAUGAAUGGGCAUAUUCUUGCCUUUCCCGUAGUCAAAUUUGUUUGCAAAGAGUUGGUUCAUGAACU